UAAAACUAGGGCAAUUUAUGUUUCUGCUCACAGUCUUUAUAUAUUCUUUGGUGCAAUUGGAAGUGGAAAAGAAUUAUUUUUUCUUCUAGUUUUUUGUGAGUUGAACGAAUAAUUUUCGAGCAAAAUGUUACUUAGAUUGUUGGUGAUUGGUGUAUUGUUUGUCGUGAGCAAUGUCAAUGCACAAUGUCCGAAAUGUAAAUUUAAUCGUGACAAUGGUGUUUUGCCGACGAUCGAUUUGAUUCAUAAGUUUCAUUUAAGCGAAUCGGCGGAGAAAUAUGAGGAGGUCGUUGGUUCGAUUUCAUCUCAACGUGCAUACCGUUUGCAUCAAGAAUCGAAUGUAACCGAUUACGCAUACCAAGCCUUUCCCAAUGGCAUUCCGUAUCAUUUUUGGUUUGAGUCAACGUUCCGUGCGCUGGUGCAGCCACUUCAACCAUUUUAUCUGUUUCAUGUGACCGAUUCUCAGGGUGUUACACAAAUUAGCAUAACAUUGGACACAGUUGAGCAUUUAAUCGGCAUUGGCCUACCAGCCAGCAAUGGAAAUGUACAGCGUGUAUUCUUCCAAUCGUCAACGCUGUUUGAUACGAAUUGGCACAAAAUUUUGGUCAGCGUUUUAAAGGAUAAAGUCCGUCUUUGGAUCGAUUGUGAGGAAAUGUUCGGUGUUCGGGGCCAAAUUGAAGAACCAUUGUUGCCACGUCCAAAAUUCGAUGUCACCAAUGGGAAUGCUUACAUUGCACGAUAUAUCGAUGAAACAAAUCAGUAUUUGAAUACGGCCCAAAUUGAUUUGCAAUGGAUGGUACUUGGAUGCGAAUCUACACGUCCACCUGUGCCAACUUGUGAAGAAUUACCGCAAUAUCAAGAGUCAGUCAAACCAGAUUCACCGAUUGUUCUACCAAUUUAUCCGGAACCAACAAUAUCGCCAAUUGUGCAACAAGAAUGUCCAAUUCAAUGUCCACAAGGGCCACCCGGAAGAGAUGGUAUCGAUGGUCGCAGUAUUAUCGGUGAAAAGGGCGAACGUGGCGAAAGAGGAUUUCCGGGAGAGUCAAUUAUCGGUGAAAAAGGUGAAAGAGGCGAACCAGGGCUAAUAAUAACCCGUACCGAGGGUGGCGAACAUCAAUUCGGAGAGCUGGAAAUCCGUGAAAUCUGUGGAAAUGUAUUGAAAGAACAACUUGCUGCAUUGAAGCCUCAAUUGAUCGGACCGAUCGGACCACCAGGACCGCCUGGAAAACCAGGAAGAGGUAGACCAGGACCUAAAGGUGAUCGUGGUGAUGACGGUUUCCAGGGAUUGCAGGGUGAAAAAGGCGACCGCGGUGACAGAGGCGAGGAUGGAAGACCGGGCACGCCGGGAAUUCAAGGUUUGCCUGGCAUUGAAGGCGUGGCAGGACCACCAGGACGACCAGGUGACCGCGGUGAAGACGGUAGAAAUGGAAUCCCCGGAUCGUCAGGAGCGCCAGGACAAUGUCCAAAUGAUUGUUACUACACUCAAAUGUACAUGCAACAAUUGCAGGCGGCCCAGGCUCAGCAGCAUCAAAGCAAGGGACCAUCACCACUUAGCCUCAACAUUAAAGGAUAAUCCGAAUCGGCUGAAUCAAACCACAAAAUACCUCCCCCAAAAAAACUUCUUGACGAUUUCUUGCCUUUAUACUGCAAUUCAACUAUGAAAAUAAAUGAAAUAAUUUCUAAAACGUUUUUGUUUUUUUUGUUUUGCUUAAGAUAUUUAUUUCUUUUAAUCGUAUUUUUUUUUAUUUCGGGUGUGUUCCAUAUUCAUUACAAUAAUAUCCAUUUUAGAUUUCUUAAAUAAGCCCGCAAAGUACAGGAUGAUGAUUUUGUUUAGUGUGUGUCUUGUUAAAUUUUAUCAGUUUUUGUUUUGCAUCGAUUUAUCUAGUAAAGUAUCAUCAUAGAUUCCAAAUGGUAGAGUUAUUUUUUUUUUCUUCUUUUCAUUUUGUGUUUAAAGCCAAAAAUACAAUUUCGCAGUGAAAGAAAGGGAACAAAAAGAGUUGUGUGUAUUAGGAAUCAACAACACAUUUGUAUUUUGUUUGGUUGUUCGUGCAAUGAUUUUUAUUCAAUCAAUGAUAAAUCUAAAUGAUAAUCUUAGCAAUUCAAUGCGCUUAAAUCGACUUGAUUUUGUUUGGUAAAUAAAAUUACGUAUUUACUUGUAAAUCCAAACCAAAUAAACUGUUCAAACUGAACAUUGAUGGUUGUGUGUAUACAUAUAAAACAAUAUAGGUAAAUCUUUCGUGUUUUUUUUUCUCUAUAUAUUCUUCGUGUUUGCUUUGUAUGUAUUAAUAACAAAAACUUGGCUUCAUCUAAAAUAUAAAUUAUCAAUCGGGUGGAAAAAUAAACGGGAAUAAUUCCUAGAUACACACACAGAAGUUUAGAGCGGAAAGCAACGAACGAGCAGAGAAAAAAGAAAGCCAAAUGCUUUUUCAGAGAGAGAAAGAAAACUUCUUGUUUUUCCUCUUUCUCUCUCUCUCCGCCGCUCACUGCUCAACUUCGUGCGACCUUCUGCGUUGAAUCGCGAUUAAUAUGACUUUGAUUAAAUUGAACGGAAAAUUGAGAACGUAUGUUUAUUUUCGGAAGUUUGGAACACAUAUCGUGACAAAUGAUAUAGGUGUAAAAGAUAAUUUUCAUUAAUUUUUCAUUUAGGUAAGUGUGUGUGUAUAUUAGGGUGUUCAGGUUUGGGGAGUCAAAUAAGAAUAUAUGAUUUCUACGCAGAUUUCGGCCCAAAAAAUCGGAAUCAAACAAUAAAUCGUCCUUCAUUGCUAAUAAAUUUGGAAUUUCACCGAAAUAUAACCGUUUUUAUGUGUUAGUACUAAUUGACUCUUUGUAGCUCAAAUUGUCUAAUGUUCUAAAAAUUAGCAAUGUGAACCGAUCCGUAUGGCAUUUGACAUUCACUUCAGCAGUUUUCGAAAUGUCACAGACGCCGCAUCAUUCAUUCCGAGAAAACAUACAGCGUUGUGAACACGAAGUCAACAAAUUGAAACUCUUACAUUUUAUCUUACAAUUUAAACUGGAAAUUUACAUUGCAAUUUAAUUUAUCUACGAUUUUGCUGGUAUUUCAUUUCGUUUUAUUUUCGAUUUACGUGCGUUUUGUAUCGAUUUGAUCCGGAGUUCACAUUGAAUUCAAGUCGCCAAAGUUAGGACAAUGGCGAAUCGUUUCAAGCCAUCAAUACCAGCGGAGGGAGAGACGAAAGAUGAAAUUACGACGAUCAAAUGUGCGCUAAAGACAAUCAUUCGCCCACAAUACCAGCAAGCAUUGAUGAGCAAAAUAACGGAUCUGAGUUUGCAAGCCACUUCCAUUUGUGUUUUGGGCUCAUUGCUGUUCUUGUUUGAGGUGCAAAAGGCAUUCGAAUAUAGGCGUCGAGAACAAUAAUUUCGCAUUGUUUGGUGGAAGUGGAGAAGAUAAGAUCAAACUCUGCUUUGAACAAGUGCUAUGGCACAACAAUCAGCCACCAAAACCGAAGUCAAGGUAUAAACCAAGCGGAACAAAGCCACGAGGACCACGAGCAGAGCUGCCACGUAUCGAUCCUGAAUUCAAGGCAAUUGUCGAAGGUCUUGACGACUAUCAUCGUAUCGAUUGGCCCAACAACAAAGAUUUCUGCAAUGGCCUUAAGCAUUUGAGCAAUCAGUACACAGAUAACGUGGUCACCAAUCUUGAAACGCAUGCUAACAAACACAUCACCCAGUACUUGGUACUGAAAGUGUUUGAAUUGAACUCAAACUUGGAAGAGGAUGGAGAGAAAUUUUUGCCAAGUGACAUCGAAAAUGUUGUCAAGUUGAUCAUCAAGCAAAAAGAUAUCAAAGUGCCAAGUCGCGAUCCAAACAAACUUGUACGGUGUGAGGUGUUGUAUGAUAUCGUGAGAGAUUGCAAUGUGUUCCCAGAAAUCGAUCUGCAUGACCUUACAACUGACCCAAAACAUUGGUAUAAGGCCAUGCCAAUGUACCUAUCUAUGCAGCGCGAGAUAGAAGAGUACAAUUCGGAGUGGCCACAUCAGCGCCGACCCAAACAUAAGAAAAGAAAGCGAAAAAAGACAAAAGGAAAAUGGAAACGCAAGCGCAGCCAAAUGCUCGACAA